AUGGGCUGCUUAAGCGAAAAGCGUCCAGUAUCAGCGUCCAGUCCGGUUCAAAAUCUGAACCCCUUCAUGGAUUCGCAGGGCCUUAUGAGAGCCUGCGGCCGGGUCACGUCCUCUGAACUUCUCCAAUACGACGAACGACAUCCGAUAAUCCUUCCAUACGACUGCCAUCUGUCUCGACUCCUUGUUCAAUUUACGCAUCGCAUCACGCUGCACGGUGGCAAUCAGCUGAUGAUCCGCCUGAUUCGGGCCAAAUUCUGUAUUCCAAGGGUGAGGAAUUUGAUCAAGUCCGUCGUCUAUGCUUGUAAGGUAUGUGACAUCCACAAGAAGAAGUUGCAGACGCAACUCAUGGGAGAGCUACCAAAGGAACGGACGUCCUUCUCGCGCCCAUUCACGUACACAGGUGUGGAUUAUGCCGGUCCUUUCGAGAUAAAGAACUAUACGGGGCGAGCCUGCCUCAUCACAAAGGGGUAUGUGUUGGUGUUUGUGUGCUUCUCCACUAAGGCCAUCCAUUUAGAGCCUACGUCGGACCUUACGACCGAGAAAUUUCUGGCUGCUUUCGCUCGGUUCGUGUCCCGGAGAGGAUGCCCCCGUCAAGUGCAGUCGGACAACGGGAAGACCUUUGUGGGGGCAGCUGCCCUGCUAUCUUGCGAUUUUCUCCAGAGCCUAAAAGGGGCUGUGACAGGUGCCUACAGUCACCAGCAGCUUCUCUGGCAUUUCAUUCCUCCGGGAGCCCCCCACAUGGGGGGCCUGUGGGAGGCAGGCGUCAAGAGCUUCAAGACCUUGUUCUACAAGGCCACCGCCACACGGAAAUACACCUUUGAGGAGCUGGCUACUCUCCUGGCGAGGAUCGAGGCGUGCCUAAAUUCGCGGCCGCUCGCGCCAAUGUCCGAAGACCCUGCUGAUCUGAUGGCUCCUACACCCGGGCACUUUCUGGUGGGAGGUCCUCUUCUCGUCACGGUCGAACCCGAGCUAAAGGGGGAUACUACGUCAAUUAUUAAUCGCUGGCAGCACCUGAAGGCUCUUCAACAGCAAUUUCGUCUGCGAUGCAAGGAAGAGUACCUCAAGGAGCUCCAUAAGAGGAACAAGUGGCGUGCCCCUACGAGGAAUCUCCGCGUCGGGGAUAUGGUGGUCAUCAAGGAGGACAACCUUCCGUCCAAUGAGUGGCGAUUAGGCAGGAUUGACGCGGUGUAUCCAGGGUCCGAUGGCCAUGUACGCGUGAUUGACAUCCGCACCGCGCGCGUCAAGCGGCCCGUCGCUAAGGUCGUCCUUCUUCCGAUGGACGCGUCCGCCUGCCCACAAUAA